GGGGGGCUGCGGGCGGCAUGAAGGGCGCGGGCGGCCAGCUCCGGCUCCCGCGAGGCCGGGUAGCCUGGGCGUUCCCAGGGGUCGCAGAAGACGGCGAACCCCGCCGAAGCCCCCGGAGCUCGGAGCCAGGACGCAGGCAGGCGUGUGGAGCGUGAGGUGGGGACGUGGCGGCGGCUCAAGUGGGCGGAGCCCCGGCCGCGGCCGGAGGCGGAGUCGCCAAGGGAGGAGGUGCCGAGCUGACCGGGCGACGCCGCGGGAGGUUCUGGAAACGCCCGGAGCUGCGAGUGUCCAGCUGCGGAGACCCGUGAUAAUUCGUUAACUAAUUCAACAAACGGGACCCUUCUGUGUGCCAGAAACCGCAAGCAGUUGCUAACCCAGUGGGACAGGCGGAUUGGAAGAGCGGGAAGGUCCUGGCCCAGAGCAGUGUGUGAUUGUCAUUGAAUGCCUUUCAGACACUUCCCUCUAUGACCAUGAAACUCUGGGUGUCUGCAUUGCUGAUGGCCUGGUUUGGUGUCCUGAGCUGUGUGCAGGCCGAAUUCUUCACCUCUAUUGGGCACAUGACUGACCUGAUUUAUGCAGAGAAAGAGCUGGUACAGUCUCUGAAGGAGUACAUCCUUGUGGAGGAAGCCAAGCUUUCCAAGAUUAAGAGCUGGGCCAACAAAAUGGAAGCCUUGACUAGCAAGUCAGCUGCUGACGCUGAGGGCUACCUGGCCCACCCUGUGAAUGCCUACAAACUGGUGAAGCGGCUAAACACAGACUGGCCUGCGCUGGAGGACCUUGUCCUGCAGGACUCAGCUGCAGGUUUUAUCGCCAACCUCUCUGUGCAGCGGCAGUUCUUCCCCACUGAUGAGGACGAGAUAGGAGCUGCCAAAGCCCUGAUGAGACUUCAGGACACAUACAGGCUGGACCCAGGCACAAUUUCCAGAGGGGAACUUCCAGGAACCAAGUACCAGGCAAUGCUGAGUGUAGAUGACUGCUUUGGGAUGGGCCGCUCGGCCUACAAUGAAGGGGACUAUUAUCAUACGGUGUUGUGGAUGGAGCAGGUGCUAAAGCAGCUUGAUGCUGGGGAGGAGGCCACCACAACCAAGUCCCAGGUGCUGGACUACCUCAGCUAUGCUGUCUUCCAGUUGGGUGAUCUGCACCGUGCCCUGGAGCUCACCCGCCGCCUGCUCUCCCUUGACCCAAGCCAUGAACGAGCUGGAGGGAAUCUGCGGUACUUUGAGCAGUUAUUGGAGGAAGAGAGAGAAAAAAUGUUAUCAAAUCAGACAGAAGCUGAGCUGGCAACCCCAGAAGGCAUCUAUGAGAGGCCUGUGGACUACCUGCCUGAGAGGGAUGUUUACGAGAGCCUCUGUCGUGGGGAGGGUGUCAAACUGACACCCCGGAGACAGAAGAGGCUUUUCUGUAGGUACCACCAUGGCAACAGGGCCCCACAGCUGCUCAUUGCCCCCUUCAAAGAGGAGGACGAGUGGGACAGCCCGCACAUCGUCAGGUACUAUGAUGUCAUGUCUGAUGAGGAAAUCGAGAGGAUCAAGGAGAUCGCAAAACCUAAACUUGCACGAGCCACUGUUCGUGAUCCCAAGACAGGAGUCCUCACUGUCGCCAGCUACCGGGUUUCCAAAAGCUCCUGGCUAGAGGAAGACGAUGACCCUGUUGUGGCCCGAGUAAAUCGUCGGAUGCAGCACAUCACAGGGUUAACAGUAAAGACUGCAGAAUUGUUACAGGUUGCAAAUUAUGGAGUGGGAGGACAAUAUGAACCGCACUUCGACUUCUCUAGGCGACCCUUUGACAGCGGCCUGAAAACAGAGGGGAAUAGGUUAGCGACGUUUCUUAACUACAUGAGUGAUGUAGAAGCUGGUGGUGCCACCGUCUUCCCUGAUCUGGGGGCUGCAAUUUGGCCUAAGAAGGGUACAGCUGUGUUCUGGUACAACCUCUUGCGGAGCGGGGAAGGUGACUACCGAACAAGACAUGCUGCCUGCCCUGUGCUUGUGGGCUGCAAGUGGGUCUCCAAUAAGUGGUUCCAUGAACGAGGACAGGAGUUCUUGAGACCUUGUGGAUCAACAGAAGUUGACUGACAUCCUUUUCUGUCCUUCCCCUUCCUGGUCCUGCAGCCCACGUCAACGUGACAGACACCUUUGUAUGUUCCAGUUUCUAUCAGGCUGGUUUUUGGAGAAAUGAAUGUUUGUCUGGAGCAGAGGGAGACCAUACUAGGGCGAGUCCUGUGUGACUGAAGUCCCAGCCCUUCCAUUCAGCCUGUGCCAUCCCUGGCCCCAAGGCUAGGAUCAAAGUGGCUGCAGCAGAGUUAGCUGUCUAGCGCCUAGCAAGGUGUCUUUUGUACCUCAGGUGUUUUAGGUGUGAGAUGUUUCAAUGAACCAAAGUUCUGAUACCUUGUUUACAUGUUUGUUUUUAUGGCAUUUCUAUCUAUUGUUGCUUUACCAAAAAAUAAAAUGUCCCUGCCAGAAGCCUUAAA